AUGGAUGAAAUUAAAUGUCUUCUGAAGGCAAUACAAACUGAUAUCAGUGAAACAAAAGACAGAGUAAAAAAUAGCGAAGAGAAUUUGUUACGAAAAAUAGACGAGAAGUUUGAUGACGUACAAUUGAAGUUACAAGCACUCGAACAUACAAUCCAAUCACAAGAAAAUCGACUAGACUUUCUUGAAAAACAAAUAAGAACUAGGAAUAUUCUGAUUUUUGGUGUAGAAGAAACAGAGCGAAGUUAUGAUGAAUUACUUAAAAUAAUACUACAUAUUUUGAACUAUAACAUGAAUGUAAAUUGCUCAGCUUUGGAGAUCGAGUAUAUGAGGAGGAAAGGUAAAAAAAUUGAUAAAAUAAGACCAAUUGUGAUAUCAUUUACAACACUCGGCAGGAAAAUCGAAAUUCUACGAAACAAAAAGUCGCUGAUCAACUCCAACUACUAUAUUAAAGAAGAUUACCCACCAAAAGUUUUGGCUAUAAGAAAAGAAUUGCAAGAAAAAGCUAAUGAAGAAAGAGACAAAGGAAAAAGAGUUUACAUCAAAUACGACAAACUAAUUAUACUUCCACAAAAAGUAAGCCAGGAACCAUUACAAUCACGCUACAAAAGAAACAUAUCAGUAACUCCACCAAGCAACCAGAAAAAACACCAAGAAAAAAAUCUUACACACUUACACAAGAAACAUACUCUUCAAUCUUAUUGGACUCCUAAACAAACGCUAAAUUCUUCGAGUAACGAAACCUUCCUUUCUCCAAAGCCAACAACCAGCUUCCAUACCGCAACAGAUCAAAAUGAAUAG